AUGCCGAGAGAAAGUGCUGAGCAGCUCUUCACUAUGCUGCCCAUGAAGACUCAAGGUCAAGGUGUCAAUGCAACCUUGGUUGCAGCUCUUAACCUCAAGGUUGCAGGUAAACAUUCCUCCAUUAUACGAAUCUACAGAAUUCAAAAACCAUUGACUUACGGUUCGUGUCUUAAUGUCUUCAAAUGUCUCUUCCGAAAAUUGCCAAAUUUGGCCGACUCUUAG